GUUCUCCAUCCAAUCCGCCUCCUUCGCUUCCCUUCCGCGCUCUCGCUCUCGCUCUCCCUCCCUCGUUCUUCCAUGUGAUUCCGCCGAUAGAGCCUUGGGGGGAGGGGGGGCUUUUUCGGCGAGAAGCCUCUUGAUUGGAAUCCUCUCGCGGUUUUACUGUCUAUGGAAAUUGAAUCGUCUCAUCGACGGCGUGAGCAAAAUCCCGACUUGUGAGGUACUCCGCUCGUUCUUAAAGAUUGCUCGAGUUUGAGUCGUGCUCCAGGUCUGGAAUUUUUCGUGAUCGGUUUAGCCAUUUCUCAUCUUUCACCGGAUUGGAACCCUAAAUUCGUGAGCUCUGCUAGAAUUUUGUCUGAUCUUGGUCGUUCUUAAAGAUUGCUUCUGUGCCUCAUCUGAGUCGUGAGUCGUGCUCGAGGUCUAGAAUACUUGGUGAUUGAUUUGGCCAUUUGUCAUCUCUCAUCGGAUUGCACCCCUAAAUUCGACAACUUUGCUGAAGUUUGUCAUCAUCUUUUGUUGGAAUCUUCAUCAAUCGUGUCCAGAAUCUGAUAUUUCUUGGUGCCACGACAGCUUGUAAGCCUCCCACACCCCAUCUCAGGCUCUGUCUGCUUCCUUCACCUGUGAUUAUGGACGAUGGGGAGCCCGAUUUGUCUAAUCCUGAGGUCUUCUCUACCCCGGGCGCUGGUGAGGAUCUUCCUAGCAGCUGCUCAAUGGAUAGCUUCUUCGACAAAAUAUUAAAUGACGGGCAUACGUGCACCCAUACUCACACCUGCAACCCUCCCGGGCCCAACCUCUCGCACACGCAUACCUGUUUCCAUGUCCACACCAAAAUUCUCUCGUCUCCCCCAGAUGAGACUGCUGAGUCGGUGGAGAAGAGCGAUUCUUCGAAGAAAAGGCCUUGUAAUAAUCGAGAAGCCGUUCGGAAGUAUAGGGAGAAGAAGAAGGCCCAUGCAGCAUCCCUGGAGGAGGAGGCAGCUCACCUGAGAGCAAUCAACCAACAACUGUUUAAAAGACUUCAGAACCAAGCUGCCCUUGAAGCUGAGAUUGCAAGGCUUAAAUGCUUGCUUGUGGAUCUGAGGGGGAGGAUUGAGGGAGAGAUUGGGCCUUUUCCUUAUCACAAGCCAGUGAAAGGGAGUGGAGAUUUUGUUUCUAACGUGACACAGGGGAACAUGCUGGCUGGUGCUCAGGUUCUAAAUCCAUGUAAUUUCCAUUGUGAUGAUCAGGUUAACUGGUUCUAUCCAGGGAUGCACGGAAAGGAUGUGGGAGAAACUGGUGUAUUUGAUGAUCAGGGUCUUGGAGUCUGUGAGAUUGGGAACAUGCAGUGCAUGGGGAGUUCAACUUCUGGAUCUCAGGACUUUGCGAGCUGCAAAAGCAAGACUGCAAAACCUGUUGACUGCUCAUCUAAUGCCACAAGAUUAGAAGGAGCUCGCGCACCCGAGGACUCUUGAUCUGUGUUUCAAAGUCAUGAUCAUAGAGGCAAUGCUUCAUUUGAUAUCCAAUGGUUGCUCAAGUCAUGAAGAACAGUGGUUCCAAGAAAACCUUUUGGUCUUGCUUCUAAAUGGUACCUGUAUACUAUGAAAUUGACUCAAAUAGAAGUUAUCUUUGUUGAUCCUGAAACUUGCUUGCUUUGUUAGUCAAUUCAUUUUACGGUGAAUUUUAUUGCUUGAA